AUGAAAGUCACGCGUAUAACCAAAUUUUAUCGAUGGGGACAACUUGAAGCAUCUUCCUUCCUACAAACUCACAGGCUAGCUAGUACUGAGGUCAAGAACAACUUCCCGGCCAAGAAGAAGGAAGAUCAGAAAGCGUUGGAUGCCCCUUUGAUGAAGGCCAUUGAAGGAGUCCCAGAUUUGAAGUCAUAUUUGGGUGCAAGAUUCUCUCUCAAGUCAGGCAUGAAGCCUCAUGAGCUUGUCUUCUAG